AUGGCUACGGACCAAGAUCGUCGUAAACAAAUCAGUGUCCGUGGGAUCGCUCAGGUCGAGAACGUGGCCAACAUCAAGAAGGCCUUCAACAGACAUCUUCACUUCUCUCUGAUCAAGGUACGUUCUUGUUUAUUGUUGAUGUUUUUAGAUGGUGGUAAAGUACGGUAAUGAUGUAACAUGGGUUAUGUUGGGAAAUACGUCAAUUAGCUUUUUAUGUAAUUAUAAGGUUUGGUGUCGUAAUAGUGCUUUCUGUAGUACUAAAAUGGAAGUAUAUUAGCCAUUUCUACUUUUACUAUAAUUCCAGCCUAUAUUAUAGUAAAUAAGUAGGAUAAUUUUAUGACAAUGUAUUAUAUUAAAUUAUUUUAGGACCGUAAUGUUGCCACCCCACGCGACUACUACUUUGCCUUGGCCGACACCGUCCGCGAUCAUCUGGUGAGCCGUUGGAUCCGUACCCAACAGUACUACUACGAGAAGGACCCAAAGAGAGUGUACUACUUGUCUCUCGAGUACUACAUGGGACGUACCCUCUCCAACACCAUGCUCAACCUGGGAAUGCAAGCCACCGUGGAUGAGGCUCUGUACCAAUUGGGAUUGGACAUGGAAGAGCUCCAGGAAAUUGAAGAAGACGCUGGACUCGGAAACGGAGGUUUGGGCCGUCUGGCCGCUUGCUUCUUGGACUCCAUGGCCACUUUGGGCAUCCCGGCCUAUGGCUACGGUCUGAGAUACGAGUACGGUAUCUUCAAGCAACUCAUCAAGGACGGAUGGCAAAUCGAAGAGCCAGAUGACUGGCUUCGUUUCGGAAACCCAUGGGAGAAGGCCAGACCCGAGUACAUGUUGCCAGUCAACUUCUACGGCAAGGUCACCAAGGAUGCCAACGGCAAGAGCAAGUGGGUUGACACUCACGUGGUCUUCGCCAUGCCGUACGAUACUCCAGUGCCUGGAUUCCGAAACAAUGUUGUCAACACGCUUCGUUUGUGGUCAGCCAAGGCCGAGAACCACUUCCAUCUCAAGUUCUUCAACGAUGGUGACUACGUGAACGCCGUCAUGGACAGAAACUUGACCGAAAACAUCACUCGUGUCUUGUACCCUAACGACAAUGUAAGUUGAGAUCAUAGUGUUUUAAAUAUUGUACGGUAUUGUAUUAGUUCUAGUUGUCUAUAGAAUAUUGUGUUAGAUUUUUAAAACUUUGGAAGCCCCAUGAAUAAUAUAAUUUUAUAGGUAUUCGUCGGCAAAGAGCUCCGUCUGAAGCAACAAUACUUCUUGUGUGCUGCUACACUCCAAGACAUCAUCAGACGCUUCAAGUCCAGCAACUACGGCUCUCGCGACACCGUCAGAGUUGACUUCAAGCAAUUCCCUGAGAAGGUUGCUAUCCAGAUCAACGACACUCACCCAGCCAUCGGAAUCCCCGAGCUGAUCCGUCUGUUGGUCGAUGUGGAAGAUCUUUCGUUCGAUGACGCCUGGGACAUUUGUGUCAAGACCUACGGCUACACCAACCACACCUUGUUGCCAGAAGCCCUCGAACGUUGGCCAGUCACCAUGUUGGAGAACCUGUUGCCACGCCAUCUCCAGAUCAUCUACGAAAUCAACCAACGCUUCAUGGAUGUGUUGUCCAAGAAGUACCCAGGAGACUUCGAACGCAUGAAGCGCAUGUCCAUCGUCGAAGAGGCCGACCAAUUCGGCGAGAAGAGAAUCAACAUGGCUCAUUUGUCCAUCCUCGGCUCUCACGUCACCAACGGUGUUGCCGCCAUCCACUCGGACUUGUUGACCAAGACCACGUAAGCUUUGAGGGUUUAAAGUCUACUAGUUUUGUAAAAAAUGUCACCGAAUAUUGAAGCUUAGCUUUGAAAGUAUUUUUUUUUGAAAAAAAUGUUAAAAAAUCUCAAUAAUUUGUUCCUCUUGUAGUUUCAAAGACUUCUACGAACUGUUCCCAGAACGCUUCCAAAACAAGACCAACGGCAUCACCCCCAGACGUUGGUUGUUGCUCUGUAACCCAGCCUUGUCCGACCUGAUCGUCGAGAAGAUUGGCGAAGAAUGGGAAACCGACCUCUCCCAACUCAAGAAGCUGAACCAAUUUGUCGAUGACAAGAGCUUCCUCGACGAAAUCGGCCGCAUCAAGAGAGACAACAAACUCCGCGUUGCCGAAUACCUGAAGGACAACUUUGGCGUCGAAAUCAACCCAUCCUCAAUGUUCGACAUCCACGUGAAGCGUCUGCACGAGUACAAACGUCAACUUCUCAACGCCCUCCACAUGAUCACCUUGUACAACCGCAUCAAGGCCAACCCAGACAAGAAGAUCGUCCCAAGAACCAUCAUGAUUGGCGGAAAGGCCGCUCCAGGCUAUCACAUUGCCAAGAUGAUCAUCAGGUUGAUCAACGGAAUCGGCGAGAUCGUCAACAAGGACCCCAUCGUCGGAGACAAGCUCAAGGUCGUCUACCUGGAGAACUACCGUGUCUCCAUGGCCGAGAAGAUCAUCCCAGCUUGUGAUUUGUCCGAACAGAUCAGUACCGCCGGAACCGAAGCUUCUGGAACCGGAAACAUGAAGUUCAUGUUGAACGGAGCCCUCACCAUCGGCACCAUGGACGGAGCCAACGUGGAGAUGGCCGAAGAAGCCGGCGAAGAGAACUUGUUCAUCUUCGGAAUGAGAGUCGAAGAUGUGCAGAACCUCCAGAAGAAGGGCUACAACGCCUCCGAGUACAUCAACAAGAACGCCGAGUUGAAGCAAGCUGUAGAACAAAUCGAGACCGGCUUCUUCACCCCCGACCAACCAGAUGCCCUUCGUGAUCUCGUCAACGUCAUCAAAAACCACGACCGUUUCUAUGUGUGCGCCGACUACGAAGACUUCAUCAAGACCCAGGACAAGGUCAACGAAUUGUACUUGGUAAGUAUGACUUCAGGGUUUUCGUGGAGGGCUCAAUUUUAGUUUUGGUAUCAAUUUGUUGUCCAUGGUUGUAUGUUGUUGUAAAUCGUGGGUUUUGUUAUUGUCAUGUUACUAAUUGUCAAUCUUCAGGACCAAGAAGCAUGGAACAAGAAGUGUUUGAUCAACAUUGCAAGCUCAGGAAAGUUCUCCACCGACCGAACCAUCUCAGAAUACGCUAAAGACAUCUGGGACGUGCAGCCUGGCGCUAUCCAACUGCCCCCACCAUUCGAAACCCACAAGCCAGCGGGUGAUGACUAA